AAAAAAUAAUUUGACUGAUAUCUUCCCACCCCAAGGUUUCUAUAGAUAUCACGAUAUAUCGAUAUCGUGAAUUCUUAUGGCCACAAUAACCAUGAUAUGAAAAAUAUAAUAUCGUGACAGCCCUAAUCCUUAGUAAUUCAGUUGCCCACAUGCACAGAUUCUAAUUACAUGCCAAUCUCAGAUGUCACCUUUUAACCUAAUUUAUCAGAUAAAAUGUUGACACAUGAAAUUAAUGCAAAAGAAAAAUGAGUGCAUCUGAAUUAUUGCUUCCUUAAUGUGUAUAGAAGAACCAUUGUUGGUAAAAAUUGGUGUUACCCAAAAAUUAAAACUCUGUCAUUAAUUACUUACCCUCAUGUUGUUCAAACCUGUAAGACCUUCAUUCAUCUUCAGAACACAUAUUAAGAUAUUUUUGUUGAAAUCCGAGAGCUUUCUGAUGCUGCAUAGACAGCAAUACAACUACUAAGUUCAAGGCCCAGUAAGGUAAUAAGGACAUUGUUAAAAUAGUCCAUGUGACAUCAGUGGUUCAUCCAUAAUGUUAUGAAGCUACAGGAAUAAUUUUUAUUCAACAAUUUCUUCUCUUCCGUAUCAUUCUCUGAUGCCUUUAACGUGGUAGUUGCAUUGCUGUCUAUGUAGGGUCAGAAAGCUCUCAGAUUUCAUCAAAAAUAUCUUAAUUUGUGUUCGGAAGAUGAACGAAGGUCUUACGGCUUUGGAUCGACAUGAGGGUGAGACAUUUAUGACAGACUUUUCAUUUUGGGGUGAACAAACUUCCUUUAACAAAAGAGCCACAGUACUGCAUAAAGCAGGGGUAGAAUUUGAAUUAUGAUGUCAUGAAAAGUUUUAGUUUAUCUAAUAAGAAAUGUAUGUACUUGGUUUAGUUCUGGGACCUUGGAAAUGGCUACACUCUGGCCUCCUACUGUUUUUUGCAUGUGUCCAUAUAUGAGGGUGAAAAGAGAGUGAGUAUGUGGGAGAGAUGUUGCACUGGAAUUGUGAUGGUAAUAGAGUGUAAAGGAAGUAUAAAGCACAAGAUAUGAGUUUUGUAUUCGAAUUACAGUGUUAAGAGGCUCUUUAAAAAUCUGAAGUUAAUGCCUUUUUCAUGUUUGUGAGCGACAAAAAGGUGGGUAUGAGUGGGGUGAAGGAGUUGGGCUGUAUGGAUUGACAAGGGAAGGGGAUGCCUCUUCUCUGCUCAUGCUCUGACAUCUGCUACUGGCUAGAGCCAAGGGUGGGAGGAGUUUGAGUGCUCCUGCUGCAGCGGAGUGAGGGAGGGAGAGAGGGAAGGAAGGAGAGAGGAUGCAUCAGUGCCACAGAGGGGAGAGAGAGACUGCUUUCUGCAUCAAACCACUCUAUCCUUCAUUUACAUUCCAGACGCUGGCUUCUCUCUGGAGAGCCCCUUCUCCGUUUGAAAUGCCAAUCACCACUUGCUGUUCCUUCAUCCUCGAUCACACACACUUCCUCCACGUUGAUGAGAGGGAGCUGAGUGCCCGGCACACACUGAAGAGAUUCCCCAGUCUUCGUUUGAUGGAUGACUGAAGUUGCUGCAAAGACAUCAGAUUCUUUGGGAUUUGAAGGAAUAAACAAUUUGACUACAUUAUUUUGAGGAAUCUCCAGCGCUGCUUUGUUGUGUGUGAUCCUCCGGACUAAUAACUGUGUGAGAGCAACUGGGACUUUAUGAUCAGAGUGGCAAGGACUCCGCUUCCUCUGCUUUUUUCCUGUGCCGGCAGCUGCCUUCCCCGUUCAGGCGCAGCUGUGCUUCUCCCCGGAAAGGUGGGGGACUGAUAAAAGAGGGGGGUGUCUAUGUCCUCUACUGCUGGGGCUUGAUCUGAAAUUUAAGCAACCAUUCAAAACAGCUUGUAGUAAGUGACUCUUCUCAGGAUACUGCCGCUGCAUGUGUGUGCUUUGGUAAAAGGAUUGCUGUGGACUUGCGGCUCAUGUUGCUGCAGAUAUGGAAGGCACCUGGCACAGACACCUCCCCCAUGUCAGCCGUACUUUGGGCAGCAUUUGCUGAGCUAGGCCCCCAAGGAACUAGGACCCUAAUUGUGCACCCAAGUGCACCCUGAACAUGAUGAACGCAACUGAGUUAAACCAAAGCACAGAACCCUUUUGCCUGCUGGACAUUGGCUACUCUCAGAUUUUCAACACAUGCCUGCUGGAAGUAGCUGUUAUUCUCUUCUUGACAGUGCUCAUCAUCUCCGGGAACCUGGUGGUUAUCUUUGUUUUCCACUGUGCCCCGCUACUCAGCCACCAUACCACUAGCUCCUUUAUACAGACUAUGGCAUAUGCGGACUUGCUGGUUGGGGUCAGCUGUCUUAUCCCCUCUCUGUCCCUCCUGCACCAUCUGGAGGGUGUGAAUGAGAAACUCACCUGCAUGGUUUUUAGCUACAUGGUCUCUGUGUUGAAGAGUGUUUCCAUGGCCUCUCUGGCAUGCGUCAGUAUUGACCGUUAUGUUGCCAUCACCCGACCUCUUUCCUACACUGCUCUGGUCACACCCUGCCGUCUUCGUACUUGCAUUACCCUUAUUUGGCUGUACUCGGCACUAAUCUUUUUGCCAUCUUUCUUUGGUUGGGGCAAGCCGGGAUACCACGGUGAUGUAUUUAAAUGGUGCUCCUCCUGGGACACCCAGCCUCUUUUUACCGCAUUUAUUGUUGCGGCCCUGUACGCACCAGCUGCUUUCACAGUUUGUUUCACCUACGCCCAUAUCUUUCGGAUCUGUCGGCAGCACACUCGGCAGAUCAGCGAGCGGAGAGCUCGCUUCGGCCCACAGGAUCCCGAACCGGGUGAGCAAGCCUGUACGGACAAACGCUAUGCCACUGUGCUCUUCCGUAUCACCAGUGUGUUCUACCUGCUUUGGCUACCCUACAUCAUUUACUUUUUACUAGAGAGCGCAGGGAUAUACCACCAUGCCAUUGCCUCAUUCCUGACCACAUGGCUGGCAAUUAGCAAUAGUUUUUGCAACUGUCUCAUCUACAGCCUAUCGAACAGCGCCUUCCGCAAAGGCCUCAAGCGCCUCUGCCUGCUUUGUCUGCAACGUAGCGACACCAAGAAGCCCCUAGGAGAUCCACCAGCACCUCCGCGCCCUGCUUGCCAUGUGUAACGCCAUCUUUUGGCAAGAUCGUGAGCUUGAUUUUUAUGGCAAGGGUCAUGUCAAGUUAAAAGCAGAUACUGAAGAUUUGUCUCGGCAUCUGUGCACUGUCCGGGUUCAUGCCAGGUUGGGCAAGUUGACAAAGGUCAUGUGUAUAGUUUCAGAAUUACCUGACAGCAAGAAAUGGACCCUUGACUUUGGCUUUUAAAGAUGAAGUGGACAGAUAUGCGAGAGUGGGCUAUUGUCAUUGGUAUUUGUGGAUAUACAAUUCUCAGCAGUUUUUGCUGCAAGGAUAAAUCUAAGCAGAGGAAAGAAGAAAACUCACAUUCUUGUGAUUGUAAAGCCUUUAGAUUGCAUUCAAUAUUGUCUGUAUGCAAAAUCAUAGUUUUUAUUCGUGACAUUAAAGCAAAGACUGAGUUGAGCUGUCUGCUUAGGAAAUGCCGUCUUGAAAGCAAACUCAUGUCUUUCAGUGACUUUGUGGCAAAUUUACUGCCCUUUGUGGACUGUUGACUUUCAGUUCUGAUCAUGUGGCCGGAACAGUGAGAACAAGUAUUCUCUGUUUCUCCUGUUAACUAGCUUACAUUUGUUCAUAUGUAGGGGAAAAAAGAAAGAUCCCUGAUAGACUGAUCUAAAACCUUAAAUAAUAUAGAUGUUAAAAUUACUUCUGGACAAAGACUUUAAAGCACUUCCAAGGGCUUACCUGGUUUUGGACUCAUGAUCUUAUUUAUGUUUUUACUAGUAAUAUCUGAUUCUUGCCUUGGAAUUUCUGAGGAUAAUCUUUUCACUACAUCUGCUCUUAAUGGAAGAAUAUGUUUGCUAGUGUUUUUUGUUUUUGGAUCCAUGACAAGUCUUGACCUUCAGCAAUCACAAUUGGAUUAAAAAAAAAAAGCCGUUUUCCCAAAGAGCAGAAGUCCAUCCCAGCCCCCAAGCAAUGCCAUGAUUACACAGCCUUCCCAUUUUCUGCUUAUUUAAAGCCAUGAAGGGAUUACAUAACCACGCCUCCAGUCAGAGGACACAUCCUUAAAAAAAUGCAGUAAUACAACAGCAAACAGACGACUUAUUCUGCCUGACUCAUUUCUAAACCUUGAUCACACUGGAGAUGAACUUCGUAGCUGGAACCCAUCUAUAGCAUCAGUUCUUAUAGGCUAACCAUCCUGCAAGUCAUUUUGAGAAAAAAAUAAAAAAUCUAUUUGACUACUUGGAGUAUUGCUGGAGUUUCUGCUGGACAGAAUGUCUCUUGGACUUGCCCUUUGCCCUGAAGUGUCAGUCGUGUGCAACUCUCUUGCCAUGCUUGGUUCGCUUCCACUGUGUUAUAGUGGUACAGUAGGAAUGAAAGGUUAAGGGGAAUGGGGAACAUCUGUCCAAAUGCAUUGUCCAAACGCACAAUCACACUUAAAAUAUUGUAUAAUGCAGUUAAGCACAACACAGAAACACAUGACCAUAACAGAUGUUAGUUGCUUAAUUCCGCUACAGGAUCCUUAAGAUGAACGAGGCCACAGUGGUAAAGAUUGCUGAUGUGGGCAAGAACCAAAAAGAUUGUUUUAUUCAAAUUAGGAGACUUAAUGGCUAAAAUGGACAUCAGAAGAAAAGCUUCUGAAACUGAUAAAUCAGGAUGCAGAGGUCAAAGUUUUAAAGCAGAUGUUUCUGAAGAGUCCUGCAUGUGCUUACUGCUCACACACACAAAAAAGCAGAACAACAAUGAACUGCAUCUUGCUGCGCUGUACUAUUUAUCUUUAUGACAUAGAUACAUGUACCUAAUUCAUAUGUGGAGGUGCCAAGAAAAUUGAGGGCAUUGAAAAUCAUGCCCUUUGUCUUUUUUUCAUGCUGUGAUCAUAAAUUCUCUCAUUUGGAUGGUACUGUUAAAAAUGAUUUCUAAUGCAGAUAGCUUUGUCCUCAUAGCUGACCAGAGUAUCAAUAUUUAUUGGUGUUCUCUGAUGGAAAUUUUAUUGUGUUCUU